AUGUCUCUCCACAACAUCAUCCUUAGCGACAACAUGCUUGGGGUCAACCUGGCUAAGAACGCGCAUCCCAGGAUUGGCGAGUCUCACCGUGACUUCGCUGUUGAGUUCAUGCCCGUCCAUGCACAUAAAAAAUUGACCCUUGUCAUUAGACGUCAUACUGACCAUCAUAUUUUAGACCAGGAGACCCAUUGUGACCGCCCACCAAUCCAUUAUAACAAAGUAGUCUGCGCUGAGCGUCAUCUUGUGGCUCCAGGCCCUCAAGUCCUCAAUGUUGUCACUGAGCCCACCAUCAUACUCAUGCGCCAUGACAUCAACAACAAGGGCUUCUUCACAAUUGCCCCUUGGGCCAUCCAAAGGCUCUUUGCCUUGCCCGACGGCGUCUGCGAGUGUUUCACCAGCUGCCUCCCACAGACAACUCAUGAGGAUGCGGCUCGCAUGAACAAAUAUCACAGGCUCUGGCAGCAAGAAGUUGACAUUAUCAUGUGUGUCAAAGUGAAGAAAGCGCAGAGCAUCAAGAGGUGUAUCAGGCAAGCCAAGGAGGACGCCAACACCGACCUCAAGAACUGCAUCCACCUGAAGAGUCCCAGCCUUGGGGAGAAUCUGGAGCUAAUUUCCACUUGUCUUCAGGUUGAGAAGGACUUGGGGGCCCUUUCCGACUUGCUCUCUGAGCUCUCAAGGCUGCUUCGUGCUCCUUCUAACUGCCCAAAGCCUUGCCAAGCCACCACAAAGGCUCUUGAUAUGCCCAUUGUGGAACCCAAAGCAUCUUCAAGCAGCCAAACACUAUUGCCUGAGCAAGAGCACUUUGCUCACAUGCGGAGCACUCGUCCCCCCAUUGGCUCCACUCCCGACAAGCCCACUCCUCCUGGGUGCACGCAUAAGUGGAUGCCUUGGGGCACCAUGCUCGUUCAUCAUUCCGAUCAUGAGGAUGGUGCAAACAAGCCCAUGGACAUGGUUCCUGAGACCAACAGCGAGUACUCUAGCUAUAAUGAUCAUGAUGCCAACUGUUGCGGUGCCAGUAGCAGCAGCAGAGAUUCUUCUCCCCACGUCUCUCUGUUGCUGCACCCACUCUCUCGCAAACUCCUUGGACUAUUCAUCGCUGCGCCUGGCUCAGGAACACUUUCUAGCUCUGUUGGAUCUUUUGUACCUCGUCAACCUCUGGAAUCCGCAAAGUACUCUUCUGCAUACAACCACAAUCACUCUAUGUCUCAAGCCACAGAUGGUUCUAUCUCAUUGGGUUUCAUGGGCUCAGAAGGUUACAUGGUUUCUCAACUACAUCAGCUGCAAGAUGAGAUGCUGGGCUUACAAGCUGAUGUUCCUCAGCUUUUAAAGAAGCGCGACGCAGUGCUGGCCGAGGCCAAGGGACUAUGGUACACUCAUCCUGGUCUUUAUUCAGCAUAUGAUCUAGUGAUCCUUCUAAUCAGGGAAUACUACGAGUCUCUACUAAAGACUAUCACCUCAAAGCUCUCCUGUGACAAUUGGGCAUUGGGCAACAGCGGUUCUGCGAACAAAGUCAACAUGGGCAUCUUCUACAAAGUUCAUUUGAGCAAGUUCAAGGCAAUGCACUGUAUGCGCUGGUGGGACAAAGCUUCUUGGACUAUCUGGGACAAGUCCUCCAAGAAACAGCUAGAGGCAGAUCGCGGCUCCCUUCCUUACCUCAAAAAGUUGAACUGCAAACCACUCAUGAACCAAGAGGUCAAAUGUCUACGCAAACAAGUGCGUCACUUCUGGGAAGGCCUCGCUGAGGAUAAAAAGUUCUCUGUUAAGUGGGCCCAGACGUCUUUGAGUGCGCCAUAUCUCACCAUGCAGUUCCUUCGAGAGAAUUAUGAGGUAUUUCGGCUCUGCAACUACGACUGGAAGGCCAAGCACUUCUGUACUACGAAGUUCCCAGAGUUUUGGCAACAGCACCUCAAUGACAAAGGCAACAAGAAACAAAAGGAGUCUCCGGAUGGUCAGGAGAACACAGUUGAAAGUGUUAAGCAUCUAAAACUCUUGCAAGAAGAGCCACACCUGUGCCAGCCUGGCCUUACAGAGGAAGAAAAAGAAGACCUCUAUACCAUGCCAGACUCCGCGUCAGGGACCAAGGAACAGUGCCAGCAUGUAGCAGCUGUCGACGCAGUCCCCAGAGAUGAGUUGUUCUCUCGACCUGCCAGCAUCUCUCAUCAACCUCUGGCUCACAUGUUGUAUGCACCUGCUCCUGCAAUUCACAGCAGUCCUCCUGCCUACCCCACUCUCUUAGCACCGACUUCUAGCCUUGCAUCGCAAAUGUAUGCGGCUCCUACAGUGCCUUUGGCUGUACCCCAGGUUGUGACACCAUCUCAGGUUCUCCCUCCACCUUCACCAUACCUGCCCAGUGACCCUGCAUCAAGACAUUACUCGGUCACCGCAUUUCAACUGCAUGCUGACAAGACUUCACAGCCUCAGCUAUUUGGACCCUCAGGCACAACAGGCCUGGCCCCAUGCAAGAUGCUGCACCCCAUGCCUAUUGUGCCGAGCACGACACCUGCUCCUUCACAUGUGGCAUGGGCAACACCAACACUUCCCACACAUCCCAAAGUGCCUUUAGCCACACAUGCAGAUGUCAGGCCGAUGGCAUCUGCGAGUGCUGGCAUUACUCAAAAGAAGGGCUUCCAUCCUGGAACCAGAAUGAAUGGCCGCUCUCUAGCAGGAUGGUGGUGGACAGUACGCCAGGACCAGACCAAGGUUAAUAGGGACAACUUUGCCCUGUGGUACAAGAAGGUUUUGACCGCAGUACAGCAACAGUUACAGGAUAUGCUGCCACUCAAAACAUUCAGAGAACACACGUGGGGCACCUUGCACAGACCCCCUUGA